AUGACAUACUGUAGAAGUGUCUGUACAGGGAUAUCAACUAUGAAUGCUAAUAGUAAUAGUAGUAGCAAUGGUCAUAAUGGCAGUGGUAAUGGCGGAGGCAAUGGGAACACUGCCAUGUCGUCGCAACAACAACAACAAUUGUUACGGAAACAACAACAACAGCAACAACAACAAACGUUGUUACGUCAACAAAUGAGGAUAAGAAAUACCUUGAAGACGUAUCAAUUCCCCAAGACUUCAGCAGAAAUUCUUAGAAAGUAUGCUAAAUAUCCUCCAUCGAUCAAUUUCCAUAUCUACGAGAACUAUUACAAGUUCAACAAUACUCUGGACGGGAAUAGAAUACCGAAGAAUUCUCCCAUGAUCAAAGACUUUUUGCAUCAUGUACUUAGAGAGGAGAUUCCUUUGGAGAUGAGUGAGCUUUUAAAAGACUUUGCAAUCAGGUCUUAUGACGGGUGCUUAAUCUUGCAGGUUUAUGAUCAUAGAAAUCUUGUUUCCUCCAGUCGACCUCCGGUUGUUAAACAACAGGCUGCUCCUGGUACUGAAGUUAAACUGGAAGGUAAAUCUGACUCUAAUGGAUCAAACCAAGAAGCUGGUGGUAGUAGUGGUAGUGGUAGUUCCUCAAAAUCGGUUCCAAGUGCUGCUGUAACAAAACCUAAGACAUACAGAACUUUAUUACGUCCAACACCACUCUCAUUAUACUAUGAUUUACUUUAUCAAUCUGAUUCUUCAUUAACUGGGUUCAAUGAUUUGGUGGCGUUGCAAAUGGAGUCAGAAAUCUUGACUUUAACCAUUAGAAAGUUGGACCUUCUGGUUCCCUUGAAUGGAUAUUUAUGUGAUUCUUAUCUCCAACCAGAAUCUGAAUAUCCUAAGAAGGUAUGGGAUGAAAAGACUCAAGAUUAUAAAUUGGUUUUUAACCAUUCAGAUUAUGAAGAUAAACCUUUACGGAAAUUACAUCAAGAAGAAAUGGUUAUGCAUAAAUCUUCUGAGUACGAAGAAUUGAUGCUUCUCUUAUCCAAUAAAUAUAAAGAUUUGAAUGAAUCUGCCAAAAAACUUGUUAUUGUUGGUUCACAAUCUCUUGCAGCAGCAGCAGUUGCAAGCACUUCUUCUAAUCCUCAACUGGCUUCAGUUGGUGCCAAUAAUAAAGCCAAAGAAACAUCGACAAAGAAACCUGAUGCUAAAACAUCCACAAUAUCAAAUCCUAAACCACCUUCAACAACCACUAGUGGUUCUGCUACGGGGCAAUUCAUGAGAUUAAGGUUCAUUGAAGAAAUUAGAAAGAGGAAGGAAGCUCAACGUGCUCAACAAGAAGCAACUGUUAGUCAAACAGUUAGUCAGGCUCAAAAUAUAGCAAAUAACAAUAUGGGUUCCACCAAUAAGGCCCUCAAUAAGCAAAGGCAACAGAUUGUGCAAAAUAAUUUGUCCCAAGUUCAGUCUCUGAUUCAACAACAGCAGCAGCAGCAGCAACAACAGCAAACACAACCACCACCACCAACAUCUUCAUCUCAGCAUCAGCAACAACAACAACAGCUGAAUACAUCUGCUCCCCCUCCGGUAGCUAAUAUUUCACAAACUGAUCCAAACUUUGCAGUUGCUGCAGAGAAGCAGAAACAAGUUGCAGCCAAAAGAGCUCAGUUGUUGAAGCAGCAACACCUUCAACAACAGCAGGCUCAAUUACAAAAGCAACAACAACAGCAGCAGCAACAACAAAAACAAGUGCAACUGCCCAAUUUUGGUAAUCAAAGAAUGUCACCUGCAAUGCAAUACACAACACCUGGUUCCAACAUGAAUUCACAGCCAGUUUCUAAUAUCGGAACUCCUGUGAUGCAAAAUAGAUCUCCCGCUGUUCAAGGGUCUCCAGACAUGCAACAACACCAGCAGCAACAACAACAACAACAACAACAACAGGCACAACAGAAGCGUAUGCAACAACUCCGUCAGUUCCAACAAAUGAGACAGAUGAGACAGAUGCAACAUCCACAGCAACAGCAACAGCAACAGCAACAGCUCCCACAACAAGGUCUUCAACAAGGUACUGGAGCUCCAGGACAGAACAUGAAUACACAACCACUACCAGUGCAUGGCCAAGGUCCAGGACAAGGACCAGGACCAAGUCAAGGACAAGGACAAGGAACCUCCAGUACGCUUCAACAACAGCAACAACAUCUUUUCCAAACGUUAUUAACAGAACAAGAGCAGGCUCUAUUCAAGCAAAUGCACCAAAAGGUUAAUACUUGGGUACAAAUUGGACUGAGUGGUGUGGCACCAAAUAGAACAAGAUUGACUCCUACACAACAGCAACAAGCAUUAGCCCAAGCCAAGGCACUUCAUGGACAGUUGAUGCAGAAAUUCCCGGUUUAUUAUCAGAAGUUACGUCAAUUACAAGCACUACAACGCCGUGGUCAACAAGGACAACAACAAAUGGGACCAGGAAGAGGAGGAGGUCAACAACCUACCAACCAACAACUGGGAAUGCCCAUGAACCCAAAUUAUAGCAAUGUUGGAGGGAAGUCACUACCAGGAGGAAUGAACUCCCAACAAGCUUCACCACAAAUGAUGAACCAACAAAUGAUGCAACAUAUGCAACAAAAGAACCCCUAUGCUAAAAAGAGCUGA